AUGACAGAGGAUCACAAAGCGCGGAGUGAAGAAUGUCGGCGAAGGGAUGCACAGAGAGACAAGAGGCGAGCACGAUCCAGGUCAGCUGAAUCAAAGCUUCGCCGCCGUGGCAGGAAGGGAGACCAGCAAGAGCGGCCCGCCACUUUAUUGGAAGCUAAAGAACCUAGCGCCCCUCACCGCGAAAGAGCAAGGAUACCAGGUCUCGGAAGGGGCGAAAGGAAAGACAACGAAGGGAGUGGCCGCCGCGCACAAGGGCGGCGCAACGGCCACCCAAGAGAGCUAGGGCAAAAGUGUUUAAGUAUGGCCGGAGCCGAAAAGAAAAAGAGCAAAGCGGUCGGGGGAGGUUCCAAGCCGAAGAUGAGCAAAGAUGCUCCGAAACGGAAAAAGAUCGACCGAGAAAAGUGGCCUCAUUUGGAGGGUGAACGAGUGCAUUUAGACGAUUGGUGUCGGGAAAUACUGGGGAUCGAGUCCUGUUACGCUAAUGAGGACGAGGGGCACUUCCGGCGACAGUAUUAUCUGUCCGAGAAGCAGAUCGGUCCAGGGCAUGACGUUUUCGCGCCUGGUGGCAUGGCGGACAUUGACAGGACCUUGUUGGACGCGCUCCGAGUUGAAGACGGGCAGUCCACGGAUGAGGAGGCGGAACAAGAGACUGAUGCUGCCCAGGGGGAAGAGGGGCAUGCUGAAAAUCAGCCCCAGCCCGACCUGGAAGAUGGGGGAGGGGCCGUAGUUGGGGGGACCUCCGAUCCCGUCCAGGGGAAAGGACGGUCGGGUUCCGAGGAAGAGGAUACUCGGGGUCCGGCCUCGAAGAAGCGCCGAGUGGAUGACCCUCAAGAUCAUGCUGAUGGUGAAGUGCAGGGCUCUGAGCCGGAGCGGGCAGUGCCCGUCACCGUGAUCGACGAGCUCGUGCUGACGGAGAGUGAUCAAAAGUACUUGGGUGAUCGGGAGCCUGCUGGGCUCCUUAAUUAUGUUCUCCGGGCCUCGCUCAAGACGACAUCUGCUGUCAGGUAUCUCCAGUUGUCGACCCUUCCUGAACUGGAGGAGCUCAGGGAGAAAACCGAUAAGGACGACCAGCUAAUAUCCUCCAUGAACAAGGAGUUGGAAGAGGGGUGCUCUGCUAUCGAAGAGCUAAACAAAUUGCUGGACAACCUGAAGCUCGAGAAUGAGCAGCUGAAGAAGAAGGUUCAGGACGGCGAUGCGGUUCGUGAAGAUCUGGAGGGGCGGCUGAAGUCUGCGGAGGGGAAGGCUGAGACCGGCGCAACUCGUUUGAAGGAGGUAGAGGCUGCUUUGUUGAAGGAACGAGAACAGAGUUCGGCCGUAAAGAAAGAGUUUGAGGCCAGGAUCGCCUCUCUGGAGGCUGACAAGAAAAAGCUGACGGCCACCGUGUCCAAGAUUAACAAGGCUUCUUUCAACAAUGCGGUGAGCCAGCUUACAGUUGUCAACCCGGGUUUGGAGACCGGUCCGGUCAGGUAUCGAAAGGUGGUCUCCGAAGGCCGGAUCGGGACCGUGGAUUCCAAUGGGAAAUUUACCCCAACCUUCCCGGAGGAGAAUGCACCCUGA